GUUUUUAUCAUUAAGUUGGAGCUCUUUGCCUCGGAGGAUCGAGGCAGGACUAGCAUCAUCACCAACAUGUCGGCGCCCGGCGAGGCCACUUUGCCGGCCACGCGCCGUUCCAGAAAGUCCAUUGGCGUACACACAGAGCUGUCACGGAAAGAAAAUGCCACAAUUGAUGUUGGCGGCUCGUUGGCGGCCAGUCGCAAGUCACGAAGCAAGAGUAUAGGCCCAGGGGGGCUGGAUGCGCUCAGACAAGGAAAUGGCAACAGGCGCGCGUCUCUCGCUGUGCCAACCAAACUACCUCGCUCGAUUCUGAAACCUUCCAUCUCUCCUUUGCCAGAGAUUCCACCGUUGAAAUCGCAAGCUUCAAGGAAAUCAAUAGGCGCAUCGACUUUUAGCAUACCGGAAGAUGAAUUAAGCGGAUCGAGAGUAGCCUUGAAGACAGAAGAGGAACAACAGGCCGCGGCGAAGGAGCGAGAGGAACGAGAGAGGCGAGACGCCCGUCGAAAAUCGCUAGCCAAUCGCAGAGUUUCAUUUGCUGCUGAAGCAACAUUGCACACCUUCCACGAGGUAGAAUAUAUGCAAAAUCGAAAUGCGGCAGAAUCAAGAAGGAAAUCAGGCUCGGGAUUCAACCCUCGAAAUGCCGACGCCCAAUUCUCAGCCGAAGACCAGAAUGCCAAGGGGAGGAGAAGUUCCCUUGCCGCACAGAAUAACGCCCAAAGCCAAGAUAACACCGCCACGUCAAUUAUAUACAGUUCAGAUUCUGAGCCUGCAGAUGCGGUGGAAGAAAUUGGGACCGACGAGGAGGAAGAAAUCGAAGAUGAAAAUUCCAACAGCGAUUCUGAUGACGGCACAAUGAUGAGCCUUGAAACAGAAGAUGUUACUGGGACCACUGUAGCAUCUAGUCGAUCUAUAGAGGACAUCGAGGAUGAAUCCACGCUAGACGAAGCUCUUCGCUUUGCUGCCCGACUUGCGGCCACUCAGCAACUGGGGGAAGAUUCCGACAACGGCGAAGAGAUCAUACCCUCGUUUGGCUGGGUGAAAAAGACAAACCAGCAGCCCUCGACCUCUGCUAGUCAAAGUAAAGUGGCCUCGAAAUCUCCUAUAAAUCGGCUCAGUAUUGGCAGAGAUGAAGACGGCACAGAGAUGGACAUGGACAUGGACAUAACUCAAGCAGUGGGAAAAAUUAUUAAGCCAUCCGCCACGGAAGAGGCUGAUGUCGAACCGGAGCAAGACGUAUCAAUGGACGUGACUCGUGCUUUUGGCGGCGUUCUCUCUAAUAACAAAGAGAAUGGUGCACCUUCUGGUUCUGGCGAGAUGGACGAUGGUGCUAUGGAAGAUGCUACAAUGGAACUCACCACUGCUGUGGGGGGCAUCCGCUAUCCCCAGCUACCAGACAUCGACACCGACGAUGAUGAUGGAAACGAAGAUAUGUCGAUGGAACUGACUAGCGUUAUGGGAGGCCUAUUAGCACGCCACCAAAAGGAGACUGAGGUUGCUCGUCGCCAAACAUUGAACCAAACGUCGAAAAUAGAUGCAGAUGAUGCCACAAUGGACAUAACUGUCGGCUUUGGAAAUAUCCUUUCUAAUGCUCACAACAGUGUGGCCAACAAUAAAGAGGGCCAAGCCGAGGGCGAUGAUGAGACAACUGGCAUGGACUUGACGACGGCCAUUGGUGGAAUUAUCAAAAAUACAUCUAGAGCCUUCCGAAAGAGUUUUUUUGGAAGGAAAACCGAUGAACCAGAGAACUCCCCACGGCCAAUGCCAACAAUCGAAUCACAGGCUCCUGCUGAGCAAAGCACCCCCGUUCAAAAACCAUCGGCGAGACUAUUUGAAUCUCCUGGUGCUGAACUGCAGGCUGCUCACGAAGGUGGCCUGUUCCAGCACGCUACUCCACAAGCACAAAAGGAGCAGUCCUUGAUCAAUUUAUCAACAACUCCGGCGACACCUAAUCUGUCAACCACGCCAAAAUUAUCCAAAACACCCAACUUUUCAACAACGCCCAAGUCUGCGACACCCAAAUCCUCAAAAACACCGCGACAAGCUACAUCAUCUGGAAAAACACAGACACCCACAUCACAGAGCCGGGUUCUUCGAUCAUCAUCUAGAAAUUCUACAUCGCAGAGGGCAAGCCGAACACCAUCGCCUGUAAAAUCAACCCCAAAGAGCGCUACGAAAUCGACUCCAAAGAGCGCUGCGAAAUCAACUCCAAAGAGUGCUACGCAAUCAACUCCAAAGAACGCUGCAAAAUCAACUCCACAGAACAGCAGCUCUACCCCUCGGCGACUUUCUGGCGUUGGUGCAGAUCGAACUGGUCUAGGAUCACCUCAAGUAGCAGCUAUUUUUGAUCGUCGGGAGUCUCUGAGCGAUUCAGCAAGCAUAUUCGUUCCUGGAAAACGCACCGUUGCCUUUAACGAGCCCGAGGUCUUGGCACCAGCGAAUGAUGAAAGUGAUGAAGGAAGUCAGUCAAGACUUGGUCGGCCUGAACCGCAAACGGAUAGAGAUGCUACACUCAACCUUAGAGAGAUGAUUGAUAGUAUGAGCCCCAAGCGAAAUCCGCUGAGAGGUCGGAAGAGUCUCCACAUUGGCAGUGCCAGGGGUCUUUUGGGCAAGCGGCCGAUUGAAUCGGAUGAUGAAGCAGAUGCUGAAGAGAACGAUGGUGUAAAGAGAUUGAAGGGGCGUGAGGGCAGUCCUGUGAAGAAUGUGAAACUUCAACUACCACCAUCAAAAGAAGAGACAACCGGAAGACUCAGGAGGUCAACUCGACUAAGCUUUGACUUUGCCGGGAGGACAUCGCAAUCGGCUUUUUCGUCCCCGAUAAAGGGUGUCAAGUUCCUCGGAGCGGUAAAAGAAAACCAGACGGUUCACGAUGUUCAAAUUCAUCAGCCACCCAUGGAGACAGUUGAGGAAGGCCAGAUGCACCUUCAGGAUUUCUUAGACUUAACCUCAAUUCGCUUCAUGGAGCUUACCACGACGAAACGGCGCCACACAAUUGCUCCAAGAACUUCUCAAAGCGGCAUUUUGCCCGAUGGAGAAGAUGAUCGAUCCCUGGAGCGGUGUGUCGUAGCUGGUGCUUGUACUGUACCAAUGCUGGAAUUAUAUCAGCAUUCUUGCCGAGAGCUGAAGAAGUAUAUCUCCGAGGGGCGAAGAAUAGUGAAAGAGAUUGAAACCGAAACUUUUGAAGACAACCCCCCGCUAUUCCAGGAGUACAUGUCUGCAACCCCUGACGUUAAGGCAUUGAUGGACAAUCAGUUUAAAAACGUUCGGACUCAUUCGCGUCACCUUAGCAAAGCGAUGUGGUAUGAAUGGAGGAUGAAGCUUCAGGAGGGACUGAGAGAGGGCCUCGUCAGCAUUUCUGGUGGCAUGAAUGAUGAUGUCAAAAUAAUAGAAGAGCAAGAGGCCCUUCUAAAGUCCGUGAUGCCCAACCUCGUGGGUCGGUAUGAAUCAUUACUAGAAGAAAGCAACAACCUCGAGGAAGCUGCCAGAGAACUGGCCGACUGUGAUCCCGCCGAGCUCCAGGCCGCUCGAGAAGAGUUGGUCAGUCUAGACGAAGAUAUUGCUCAGAAGAAGAAGCUUAUUGCCAGACUUCGGCAAGAGUUUGAGGCUUCAGAGGCCGAUGUGGAAGAGUUGACGGCUCGGAAAACGCAGUGUCUUGCAGAAAUCCAGGAAUCUGAAAAAAUUAGAGAAGAGUGCCGUGGCUGGACUAGCACUGAGGUUAACAUUCUUAAAGCUCGAGUAGAGGCUCUCGAAAAGGAGCACGGUUGGGCUGUAACAGGAAUCUCGGGACCGACGCUCUCUAUGACAUAUAAACGAGAGAUUGAACUCGUCGUCGAUAUCACAUCGUUCCAGCCACAGCAGCCAAGUUCACGCAUAGACUUGUGGUAUAUUGCCGACAGUCGUGAGGUAAAUCCUCAACCGAAGACAGCCGAAAAGGAAUUCCUUCUGCAAUGUAUCCGUGAUCACAUUCGAACGAUUUCCCAAAGUGGCACAAAGCUGUCUCAUAUCCUCAAAAUAGUGCAAGCUGCAUGGGACAAGUCAAAUUGGAUUUCUCAAGAAGUUGGACGCAUCAAUGUAACGUUUCCAACAAAAGUUACCAAGACAUCCGACUCUAGUAUUGCUGUUACUAGUUCCCUUCUUCUAGCGCCUCUGGAAACCCGAGUCGAGGUGGCAUUCAAGCUUAAAGGGUCUAGCGGGCCAGAAGGGGUGGAUGUGAACGUUUCGACGGACGCCAAAGUUGUAUAUGGAGAACAGUUCAAUGUGGGUAAAGUGGGAGAAUUUUUGGCUACCAGGAUUGGAAAAAGUGUCGGAGCUGGGGGUGAGCAGUGGAGUAAUGUAGUGGUUGAGUUAUAUGAUAAGCUCAUUGCUCGGGGGAAGAAGCAGUAGCAGCUCGACUUGACGUUGUAACGACUCAUGAUGGAUUGGGUAUACAUGGUUGGCUGGGUUGAAUAGGCGUUGUUGGACAUAAAGAUACCUCGAGCUGAUGCUCUGUAAUUGCGUUGUCAUGGAUAGAUAUGGUGUUUUAUAUUCUUGCUGGAGCAUUUCUUUCAAUAGCUUCUCCCGCCUCGGACACGGGAUAUACACAUAUACGCGAGCGAUAUCUACUACCACUUGAAAGUACUGUGUAAAUACAUUGGCAU